GUAAAUCCGCGUCGUCGCCGUUGCGACGUCGUAUUUCGUACUCGUUUCACAAGACGUAGCGUGCUCGAUUCCAUACGUACGAUCGUGUAUACACGGGACGGAUACUCCGAUCUAUCGUUUGACAGUUCGCUCUCAACAGCGGCGCGUGUACGAUAUAAUUAUCCGAUUCCGGUGUUCGGUGAGUUCGGUCCCUCUCUAGGCUCGAGUGCGGCUUCCCUUAUUUCCCGCGAGGGGAACAAGUAAACGAUAAAACCAGCCUCCUCCAGUCGUCGAUAUAAUGUCUCUUGUCGGGUACCGCGGAUCGUUCUGCGAGAAAUCGCGCUCGCGUUCAUCGUUGCUCGACACGUAGAUAGAAUUGCUCGCUUUCGCGAUGUGCCCGAGAAGGAGCUUGUCCGCGUUUACGUGCCCGGGAACAAUAUUCCUGCCUCACUCCUGGAUAUCACUGGGUUAAAACUGUCUCUCGACUCGAACGGUACCCAGACGAUAGAUAGGGUAGGAUAGCGUGUUAAGUAGUUGCAGAGAAGAGAGAACGGGAAAGAUAAGAGUUUCCCGGCGAGGAAGCGUCUUCCGUCAAUCGAAGAUCGGGAAGGAAAAGACGGACGGCCGAUCGAUGUCUUAUUUGUGAUGGGAGUGCCUGCGCGGGGAGCACUCGCGGCGAUUGUCGCUGUAACCGCUUUCGUCGUUUAUCUCAACAGCCUCAAUUGCGGUUUCGUGUUCGACGACAUCUCGGCGAUAAAGGACAACCGCGACCUGAGGCCUCAUACGCCGCUGAAAAAUGUUUUUUACAAUGACUUCUGGGGUACUCCUAUGCACAAGGAACAAUCGCACAAAUCGUACAGGCCACUGUGCGUUCUCACAUUUCGAUGGAAUUACUUGAUUCAUCAACUGGAUCCUAUGGGAUAUCAUUUACUUAAUGUUAUCCUACAUGUUGGAGUAUGCUUACUAUAUUUCAGGACAUGCUUGAUGUUUCUAUCCGAUUCCGCGACAUUCGUGUCUUCUCUCCUGUUCGCGGUACAUCCUAUACACACGGAGGCAGUUACAGGAGUGGUCGGAAGAGCAGAGACGCUGUCCUCCUUGUUUUAUUUAGCGGCUUUAAUCACGUACACUAAAUGCUGCCGAAGUAGAAGAUCCACAGGAUGGAGGUCUUUGAUAUUAUCAAUGUCAUUCGUCUUCACUGCCAUGUUAUGCAAAGAGCAAGGGAUAACGGCUACCGCUGUUUGCGUAUUAUACGAAAUUUUCGUUGUACAAAAGGUAAGAGCAAUGGAUAUUUUCCUGACGUUAAAGGCAGCCUUCGGUGGGAAAAAGAUAUCGCUUGCCUGGUCCAGUGAAGGUACAAAACGACUGACGGUACUCACACUUGUCACGUUUAGUUUACUUAUCCUUCGGCUACAUGUAAUGGGCUCGAAGUUACCUGUAUUUACCAGAUUUGACAAUCCCGCAUCAGUGGCACCGACGCCGAUAAGGCAGCUUACCUACAAUUACCUCGCUGCGGUUAAUCUAAGGUUGCUGUUUCUUCCAAACGAUUUAUGCUGUGAUUGGACUAUGGGGACGAUACCGUUGAUAGAAAGUUUCAUAGAUCCUCGCAAUCUCGCUACCAUAGCCACCCACACGACUGUAAUAGGAUUGUUGGUAACUGCGAUUUUAACAGCGAACAGGCAGACUUCGAUCGUUCUUAUAAUGAGUUUGGCUAUGAUGGUACUGCCGUUUCUACCCGCAUCAAACCUGUUCUUCCCGGUUGGAUUCGUCAUCGCCGAAAGAGUGUUAUAUGCGCCAUCCAUGGGAUUCUGUAUGCUCGUUGGCUAUGGAUGGAGCAUUCUAAGCGAGAAGAGAUUUAAGAAACUGACAUUAUUUUUAAUAAUAACUCUCUUGGCUGCGCACUCGACUAAGACCUUUAUGAGAAACUACGAUUGGUUGGACGAAUACUCGAUAUUCAUGUCCGGAUUAAAGGUGAAUGAUCGGAACGCGAAGUUAUUUAAUAAUGUCGGCCACGCGUUGGAAAGUCAAGGGAGGUUCAAGGAAGCUUUAAAUUUCUUCAACAUGGCCGUGCAAGUCCAGGGCGACGAUAUCGGUGCUCACAUCAACGUAGGCAGGACUUACAAUCACCUGAAAAUGUUUAAAGAAGCCGAGGAUGCUUAUCUGAAGGCGAAAUCGUUGUUGCCGAAAGCGAAACCCGGGGAGUCCUACCAAGCGCGAAUAGCCCCUAAUCACUUGAAUGUCUUCGUGAACCUAGCGAAUUUGAUAGCGAAGAACGCGACUAGAUUAGAAGAAGCCGAUUUGCUUUAUAGGCAGGCAAUUAGUAUGCGCGCCGAUUACACGCAAGCGUACAUUAAUCGUGGCGACGUUCUCAUUAAACUGAACCGCACGAAGGAGGCCCAGGAGGUUUAUGAGCGGGCGCUCUUCUACGAUAGCAACAAUCCGGACAUCUAUUACAACCUGGGAGUCGUCUUCCUCGAACAGGGAAAAGCAUCCCAGGCCUUGGCAUAUCUCGAUAAAGCCCUCGAAUUCGAUCCGGAACAUGAGCAGGCGUUAUUAAAUUCGGCUAUUCUACUUCAAGAACUCGGACGCGCUGAAUUGCGAAAAGUAGCCAGAGAAAGGCUUUUGAAGCUCUUGAGAAAAGAUUCGAACAACGAACGAGUUCACUUUAAUUUGGGAAUGCUGGCGAUGGACGAUCACGACAGUGCAAGUGCGGAAAGAUGGUUCCGUAACGCAGUCGCUCUUAAAGAAGAUUUCCGUUCCGCGUUGUUCAACUUGGCCCUUCUCCUCGCCGACGAGCAACGUCCUCUCGAAGCUGCUCCCUUUUUAAAUCAGCUAGUCAGAUUUCAUCCGGAUCACGUCAAAGGAUUGAUCCUCUUAGGCGACAUUUAUAUAAACAACAUAAAAGAUCUGGACGCUGCCGAGAACUGUUAUCGUAGGAUACUGCAAUUGGAUCCUAUGAACAUCCAAGGUCUUCACAAUCUCUGCGUGGUAAUGGUGGAGCGUGGUAAGUUGGGACUGGCCGCACAGUGCUUGGAGCAGGCAGCAGCGUUGGCUCCUCAUCAAGAUUACGUGCACAGGCAUUUGGCUAUUGUGAAAGCCCGGAUCAACAGGUUGCCACCAGAGCAACGUGACACAGAGGUGUUCGACGACUCGUUCCUCAGACCCAAGGAGAGAAGCUUCAGCAUGGGCGAUGUUACCAGCGGCAACAACGCCGUUGGUACCGGAGUUGGAAACGUUGAGAGUACCGGCAAUCAGUUUCUAGGAAAAACGGAGCACGUGUUCGGGAAUCACCACGGAGCGGGGCACAAGAAGAACGCAGCAGACGUGUUGAAUACGAUACCGCAUCUGAAGAAACCGGCACGGGUGGUCCCGAGCGAAACGGUUCACGAGAGGCCGUCGCAGACGGUCGCGAAAGAGCAACAGGAAUUCGCGUCUGGCAGGGUAUUCGGUAAGAACGUGAGUCCGGACGCCACGGAAUUGACAAUCGACCGGGAACGCGCGACGAAAACGAUCAACUCGGAGAAACACGCCGGUGGUACGGCCCAGAAGGACAUGGCCCUAUCAUAGUAUCGAUGUUCGAAGGAAGGAAUGCCCGCCGAGCAACUGUAUAAAGUCGUAUUCUAUACGUAUAACGAAAAGAAUAUUGAGUGGUACAGUCGUAUAGAGCUAAUGUGUGAAUAUAAAAUAAAUACAGAGUAUUGUUUUAUAUGCUGUACGAAUAGAAACGUUUUGUAAAAUAUAUUUAAAAAAUGUGCAUA